GCCAAAUUAAAAUUAUUUCUCGUGCAUUUGGCCUCUCGCUUUCUUUGUCCCUAAUAAUAAAAAAUUUAACAAUCCAAAGAAAUGUUAUCGAUCAAAAGCCCUAACGCUAGCUCCGCCUUGAAGCCAUUGAAGAGACUGACUCGUGCUUCUGCUUCUCCGAUGGCACUGUGUUUGUCUCCGUCUCUGCGGCUGAUGCCGUCUUCUUUCAGAGUCUCUAUCGCCACUCCCAAAGGUUUAGCCCUCGAUUUUCGCUCUCCCAAUAGACGGAUAUCCUUCAACCAAUCCGUCGUCGCUUUCGCAGCAUCCCACGAAGAAUCCAAGCAUUCAGAAAUGGAAGUAGAGAGAGAAAAGGAUGAAGUGAAAAUAGGAAGCGAAGAAGAGUCAAAUGAAGCAUGGAAACAGGCCUUAGAAUUAUUCAAAGAAAAUGCUUUGAUGAUGAAAAGCGUGUCCCAAGAAGCUUACGAACUUUUCUGCGAGAAAGCUUUGGUUAUUAUGAAAGAAACUUCGGAGCUGCUUAAAAUUCAAGCAGAAAAAGCCAAAAAUGAUUUGAAUGAAAUAGUAAAAGAAAUCAGUGAAGAAGGCAAAGUUUACCUCUCAACGGCAGCCGAGAAUUCCCCUCCAGAAGUCAAAGAAAUUGUUGGAACAUUCUCUUCCUCAGCAGAUGAUUUCAAGGACGUUAACAAAGUUCUCGACUUUCACGUUGGGAUACCUUAUGGUUUUAUUCUUUCGGUUUUGGGAUUCCUUUCUUUCAUGCUGACAGGGAGCAUAUCUGCCGUUAGGUUCGGGGUUAUUCUAGGUGGAGCUCUUUUGGCAUUAAGUGUAUCAAGUUUAAAAUCAUAUGAUAGAGGAGAGUCGUCUCCUCUUGCCACCAAAGGACAAGCAGUCAUCGCAUCUGUAUUAUUUUUGAGGGAGAUAAGCUUGCUGGUUCGGAGAUCAACUCUGGGCACCUUUCUUACAUCCUUAGUCAGUGGUGCGGUGGUGGCAUUCUAUAUCUACAAACUUCUACAAAAUAAGAAGCCAGGCUUGGAACCUGGGACAGAACAUUGAUUUGCUCUUUUGAGGGAGGAAAAAUAUCUAAAUACAGCAUCAUUUUGGCUCUGAAGAAAGCAGAAUUGAUACCACAAGAAGAAACUACAAACUCUUGAUGAUGUUGAAGAAUGCCGAAUUUUAGGUCCUUGUUUGACUUGGUUGGUUUUGUGUUGUGAAUCCAUAUGGAUAUGAUGAUAUGAGAGGUAGUUAAAAGAAUGAAGUUUGAUGCUUCAUGAUAAUGUUAAAAAUAUUUAAAUAUUUAAAUAUUUUGCUAUUCCCCUAUGUCCAUUAGAAGCUUUGAAUAAUAAAGGUGUCCUAUUUUUUUUCCACUUAAUUCUUGUAUACACAGGUGAAUUUUCGUAUGAGAUUUUUCAGCAUCUUUGAGUGUGAAGUUGCUUGGCAGACGAGUUAGUUGAUAAUGUGAGCAUUGCAAAAAGUACCUUUGGUCCAGCAUUUAUUAUUCUAUACAGAUACAUUAAGAUAGAGUAAAGCA